AUGGAUAAACACAAUGAACUUCCCAAGUCCAAGAGGAAAGAACUCAGCCUCUCUUGCAUGCUCAACACCGAGGUCGGCGCGGUCCUGGCCGUCAUCCGCCGUCCUUCCGACCCCAACUCCUACGGCCACCUCUCAACCGCCGCGGAUGACACCAUCGACAGCGCGCUCAUCCAAUCCCUCAAGUCCCUCCGCGCCCUCGUCUUCAACCCCCAACAAGAAUGGCGAACGGUCGAUCCCCUCAUUUACCUCUCCCCGUUCCUCGACGUCAUCCAGAGCGAUGACGUCCCCGCCGCCGCCACCGGCAUCGCCCUCUCCGCCCUUCUCAAGAUCCUCAAGCUCGGGGUCUUCGACGAGAAGACCCCCGGCGUGAGGCAGGCCAUCUCCGCGGUUGUCGCGGCCAUAACCGCUUGCCGCUUGGAGAAAACCGAUCCGUUCUUCGAAGACGCCGUGAUGAUGAAGAUUUUGCAGGUCCUUACGGAGACAAUGCACCACCCCGCUUCGGCUCUUCUCAGCGAUCAAUAUGUUUGCAUCAUUGUCAAUACAUGCUUCCAGGUGGUUCAGCAAUCCAUAGGCCGCGGGGAUUUGCUCCAGCGAAGCGCCAGGUACGCGAUGCACGAGCUAAUCCAAAUAAUAUUCUCUCAGUUGCCGGAAAUCGAGGCCCGGGACGGAGAGGGGGCUUUUGAGACCGACGUCGAAGACGCCGACCUCAACGGCUACACGGAUUCGCGGUACCGAAUCCGCUGCGCGGUCGACAUCUUUCACUUCCUGUGCUCUCUCCUGAAUGUGGUUGAGCAGUUGGAGACAGAAGGCUCAACAUUGCGCACUGCUGAGGAAGAUAUCCAGUUUUUUGCUCUGGUUUUGAUAAACUCCGCCGUAGAAUUGAGUGGAGAUGGUAUUGGGAGACACCCAAAGCUUUUGAGAAUGGUCCAAGAUGAUCUGUUUCACCAUUUGAUCCAUUAUGGGACUUGUUCGAGCCCGCUUGUUUUGUCCAUGAUUUGCUGCACGGUUCUGAAUGCCUAUCACUUUCUUCGCAGGUUCAUUCGUCUCCAAAUAGAAGCCUUUUUUGGGUUUGUGUUGUUAAGAAUUUCAACAACACAAGGGGUUCCACUACAACUCCAGGAAGUUUCACUUGAAGGGAUCAUAAAUUUCUGCAGACAUCCGACGUUCAUAAUCGAAACUUAUGUGAACUAUGACUGUGAUCCCCAUUGCAGAAAUGUGUUUGAGGAGAUUGGAAAGUUGCUUUGCAAGCACUCUUUUCCAGUGAGUAGCCCUUUGACCUCUUUAAAGAUCCAAGCCUUUGAAGGACUGAUGGUUAUAAUUAACAACAUCGCAGACAAUAUCGACCGAGAAGAUGAUUCAACCCCUUUUGAGCCAUACCCAAUUGAGAUUUCCGAGUAUAUACCCUUUUGGGAAGACAAACCAAGUGAUGAUUCCAUGAAUUGGGUUGACUUUUUGAGGCUAAGCAGAGCACAGAAAAGAAAGUUACUAAUUGCUGCUUACCACUUUAACCAUGAUGAGAAGAAGGGCUUAGAGUACUUGAAAUUCUCCAAGUUGUCUCCUGAUCCUCCCGAUCCGAAAUCCUAUGCUUUCUUCUUUAGGUACACCCCGGGAUUGGAUAAGAAUAUGCUUGGAGACUAUCUUGGCGACCCUGAUGAGUUUCAUAUCCAAGUCCUGAAAGAAUUCACUGAAACUUUUGAAUUCACUGGCAUGGUUCUUGACACUGCUCUAAGAAAUUAUCUGGAGAGUUUUCGGUUACCAGGAGAGUCGCAGAAGAUUCAAAGAAUACUCGAAGCAUUUUCAGAUAGAUUUUAUGAACUAAAAACUGAAGACAUCUUUGAAAGCAAAGAUGCUGUUUUAAUUCUUUGUUACUCUCUGAUAAUGCUUAACACUGACCAACACAAUCCCCAAGUGAAGAAGAAGAUGACAGAAGAUGAGUUCAUCAGAAACAAUAGAGCAAUCAAUGGAGGGAAGGAUCUUCCUAGAGAGUAUCUCUCUGAGCUUUUCAAUUCCAUUUCAAACAAUGCAAUCACCAUUUUCAGUCAGUCGGGUCAGUCAGUGGAAAUGAAUCCAAGCAGAUGGAUUGAGCUAAUGAACAGGUCCAGAACUGUUCAACCUUUUAGCUUAAGCAAUUUCGACCGUCGAUUAGGGAGAGACAUGUUUUCUAGCAUUGCAGGCCCGGCAGUAGCAUCUCUCUAUGCAUUUUUUGAGCACGCUGAUGAAGAAGAGUUGCUCCACGAAUGCGUUGAAGGACUGUUCUCCAUAGCUAGAAUAGCCCAAUAUGGACUAGAAGAGACCCUUGACGAGCUUCUUGCCUCGUUCUGUAAAUUCACUACUUUGUUGAAUCCUUAUGCUUCAGCAGAAGAAACCCUCUUCGCUUUCAGCCAUGAUUUGAAGCCUAAGAUAGCCACACUCGCGGUUUUCACCAUUGCAAACAAUUUUGCAAACUCAAUUCGAGGGGGUUGGAAGAACAUAGUUGAGUGCUUGUUGAAGCUCAAAAGGCUUAAGCUACUUCCCCAAUCUGUUAUCGAAUUUGAUGCUACUUCCCCAACAACAUCCGGGUCUGGUGCGACCUUCCUUUCUAAUGAAACCAAAUUUGGCAGCCGCCAGGCUUCUGGCAUGAUCAAUAGGUUCUCUCAUUUUUUAUCAAUGGAGAGCAUAGAAGAAUCUCUUUCCCUAGGUGUAAGUGAGUUUGAGCAGAAUCUGAAGAUCAUUAAACAGUGUCGAAUUGGGAAUAUAUUCAGCAACACUUCAAGCUUGCAUGAAGAUGCUUUGAUCAAUCUUGGGCGUUCUUUGAUCUUUGCAGCUGCCGGGAAAGGCCAAAAGUUUAGCACACCAGUUGAGGAAGAGGAAACUGUUGGCUUCUGUUGGGACUUGAUAAUUGCCAUUACUUUGGCCAACAUACACAGAUUCCAAAGUUUUUGGCCUGCUUUUCAUGACCAUUUCCUUGCAAUCGCCCAGUUUCCUAUGUUCUCCCCUAUCCCAUUUGCUGAGAAGGCCAUUGUAGGACUCUUCAAGGUAUGCCUCAAAAUCCUUGGGACAUACCAACCCGAAAAAUCCCCCGAGGAGCUCAUCUUCAAGUCGAUAAACUUGAUGUGGAAGCUUGAAAAGGAAAUCCUCGACACCUGUUGCACGUUCAUAACACAAUCGGUGAAUAAAAUUCUCAUAGAGUUCCCUGCAAAUCUGAAUAGCCAACUUGGUUGGAAGUCGGUUCUCCACUUGUUAUCGAUCACGGGACGCCACUCUGAAACCUAUGAGCAAGGAGUUGAGACAUUGAUCACGUUAAUAUCUGCUGAAACACAUGUUUCCAAGUUGAAUUACGCCUAUUGCAUUGAUUGCGCCUUUAGUUUUGUUGCACUAAGGAACAGUCCAUUAGAAAAGAACAUCAAGAUACUUGACCUUUUAGCAAACUCGGUUAGUAAAUUAGUGCAAUGGUACAAAACACAGUGCUUAGAGCUUGAAAACAGCUACAGUGUCACGAGCAGUGCAAGUAGCUCUUCCUUAGAGGACAACAACUUCAAAGGACAUGGUAAUUCUCUCAAUCUCUUCAUGAACUUGUUCAUCAAACUAGGCGAGGCACUUAGAAAGACUUGCUUGGCUAGACGAGAGGAGAUAAGAAACCAUGCAGUUUUGGCCCUUCAGAAGAGCUUCCAACUAGCAGAAGAGCUCGAUUUCACACCGAGCAACUGCAUCAACUGUUUCAACCUCGUGAUCUUUGCGAUGGUAGACGACUUGAACGAGAAGAUGUUGGAGUACUCGAGGAGGGAAAACGCGGAGAGGGAAACUAGAGGCAUGGAAGGGACUUUGAAGAUUGCUAUGGAGUUUUUGACAGAAGUGUACUUGAGGUACGUGAAGCAGAUAUCAAGCUGCCCUGGCUUCAGGACUUUUUGGUUGGGAGUUUUGAGAAGAAUGGACACUUAUAUGAAGGCUGAUUUAGGCGAAUAUGGCGAGUCGAAAUUGCCUGAAACAGUGCCUGACUUGUUGAGAAAGAUCAUCAAAGAGAUGAAGGAGAAGGAGAUUUUGGUGCCAAAGGAAGGUGAUGAUCUUUGGGAUAUAACUUAUAUCCAAAUACAGUGGAUUGCUCCUUCCCUCAAAGAGGAGUUAUUUCCUGAAGAAAGUUUUUGA